AUGGGAUAUGAAGGUGGUGGAGGUAAUACUGAUUUUUUGUUUUAGUUAUCGAUUUAGGUAAUGCUAAAGGUGGAUGGAACAGUCCUGGACGUGGACGCGGAGGUGGUGGAUUCAGAGGAGGAAAUCGCGGCAGUAGUCCCGGAUUUAGAGGUCGUGGAGGUGGAUUCAGAGGUGGAAACCGAGGAGGAGGAGGCUUCAGGGGAAACAGUUUCAAUCGAGAUGGUGGUAACCGUUCAUUUGGAAGGGGAGGACCGAACAGGUCUUUCGGAGGAGAUAGACCCAACAGAUCCUUUAGUGGUGGCGAUGGCGUGAACCGAUCCUUCGGAGGGGGCGAUAGUGGGAACAGGUCCUUCGGUGGGCGCGGCGGAGGUUUCCGAGGUGGCCGAGGAGGUAACUUCCGUGGAGGAAGAGGCGGAAACUUUAACCGAAAUGAUUCAUUCAGUCAAAGUAAGGCGACAGACCAUUUUCCUCCCUACAUGUCUUUAAGUACUGGCUUAAGUUAAUUUUUAGAUGGCACUCCGCAAAACAGAAAAAGAAAGUUCAGCGAGGAUGACGAUGGUGAAAGACCUGACUUCAAGAAAAGCAACAAAGAUACGUCUUUCUUCAGCUCGGAUGACAAAGAAGAUUUCAAAAAGAAAACUCCAAGCAUUUUGAAGAAGGAUGGACUCCAAAGUGAGAAGAAGAAUGUAAAGGUCUUUAGCGAUAAGAAAUCUCCUGUUGGGGUAAGUCUGUCUGCUGCGGUUGAUAUAUUUUUAGACAAAGACUCCUGCAACUCCUCAUCCGUUUAAGCAACAAAAGGGAAAGUUCCAACCAAGAAAAAUUGUCGAAAGCGAUUCUGGAGAAGACGAUGAGGACGAUGAUGAAGAAGAAACCGCGGAAGAUUCCGAUGAUAUUGAACUGGGUGACCUGAAAGUGAAUGGAAAGAAACCGCGUGACGAUGAGGAGGAAGAGGAGGACGAGGAAGCUGAAGACGAAGAGGUGGAAAUUGAAGAUGAAGAAGAAUCCGAAGAAGAGGAGGAGGAAGUUGAAGUUACACCUGCUCCAAAGGCCGCACCAAAGCCCGGGAAACCAGAAAAGGUAAGAAAUUUUUAUUAUUUUUAUAAACUUUUUUGGAAAAUGGUAUAGUAGAAUAUUGUAGGCCAAGUUUUCGCUAGAUGCCGUCAGCCAUGAAAGAUCACGCCGACAAGAAAUUCUUUCGUCUAGUCUUUUUACUCCAACGGAUAGGAAACUGAACAACGUUCAAGUGUUCAAGAAGGCGCAUCCAUUUGUUGUUGAUGUGUGGACUGUUUCCACUGGAACCCUGAUCCUGUUUGACUCUGCGAAUUCGAGGAAUGUCGCACUUAAAUACCUGAAAGACGACAAAAGAUUUAAAUUGACCCAGGCACAAGAUGUUCCGGGUUUAUUAGAAGAACGUGAGUGAAUAGGAAUUCUUGAUCCGACCCCCAAACGACAUAGCUACAUAUGAUUAGAUUUAAAUUCAGAUUUACGAAUCGUCACGUUAUCGACGGAUCUUUUGCUUCUCCCACUAAAAUUGGAAUUCCUGUGUGGUUUCGUCGCAUUUGAGAGACCUAGUGAUGGGAAACAUUUUAUUCUAACUUUUUGACUUGAGAUCCCUGAAGGCUGUAGAAAAGUACAAGAUACACAGUGGUAACUGUAUGCCAAUACACAGUAUCACCUCAAGAAUCAAAUAACUUUGCUAAAAUUUUCCUGCUUCACCACAAUUUUUUCGAUCUGGCCAACUUUUUUUUUGAUUUGGCCACAAGGAGAUUACGCUUUUUAUAAGCUAACUGAGAGCCAGCGGUAAUUUCUACGAUGUUUGGGGGUAGGAUCUCCUUACCGUAAAUAGAUGUAUCAAUUAAAUAUAUUUUGUUUUUAGCCGUUAAGAACGCUGACCCUUUGAAGUUAAAACUCUCCCAUUUGCCAAGUGGAUGUUCACAAAAUGAUCUCAAGGUUCUCUUCCCAGAUGCCUGUAACGUCAAAUUGAAUGGAGACUGGGCUGUAUUGUCUUUCAACUCUCACCCUGAGGCCGUCAAGGCUAUUUCAUCUAUGAAGAACAUUAAGAUUUAUGGCAAGCCAGUGCUCGUGGCCUUUCACAGAGGUAAUACUUUUUUUGUCAAAAUUACUUAAUCAUUUCCAGAUUUGAAGUCUGAUGAACCUAAAUCUAAUGGUGUCGACAAGAAAGAAAUAGUAAAGGAGAAAGCCGCGUCCCAGAAAAAAGCUUUAAUCGAGAGUUCCGGAGAUGAAGAGGACUCUGGAAAUGAAGCCGAGGACGAGGAAUUAGCCGAGGAUUUGGAGGUCGAAGAUCUUGAGGACGAUGAACUUGAAAUUGAAGAUGAAGACGAGGAAGAAGAUGAAGGAGGUCAAGGAAAUGGACUUAUCGAUACUAUGGCUGAUGAAGGGGAAGAAUCUGACGACAUUCCCUCUUCCGAAGAAGGAAUUGAGGAAGUUAGUGAUGAAGAAGAUGAUUAA